GUGACGGGGAAAGAGCACGCUGGGUUUCCAGCUCGUAACCAAGUGGUUCGUAUCUGCGGGGCACAGAAUAGGACUUAACCCGGGGCUCCAGCAGGGAGAUAAACGCGGUGGACAGCGGCUGCCCGGCAGGACAGCAGGUGAAAAAGUGGCUUCGAGCGCAAACCUCGCGUUCCUCAGCGAAAAUGCUCGCAACGACACCCUCACCAGCGAUGGUGCAGAGGGGCCUACAAUGAGCCUGGAGGCCACGGGCAGCACCGCCAACGGGGAACGCUCAUCGGACACACUGCGGUCUUCCGUGGUCGCUGCUGCUGAGACUCCGGAGCAGCAGGCAGGUCCACCGGGCUGCUCCACCCGACGGUGCGACUCCUGCAAGCUUGCACUUCUGCACACCUGUGUAGCCCCUUGGCACUGAGACCGACAGCCCCCCAGGGGGCCUGCUCUUCAGCGGUUCCAUGUCACGCAAUGAGCCAUUGCCAAUGAAAUGGCCCAUUGUCAGAAGGCACCAAUGCACCCCAGAGAUUGGCCCUCUUUUAAAACUCUUUCUAACCCCUUUCCCCCCAUCAAAUAAAUCCUGAUUUUACGGGCAGCCUACUUUUCUCAGCAAGAGAGGAAGGAUCAUGAUGCGUCUGAAUUAAACCCGUAAGUGUGUCGGUAGCUCUCCCAGCUUAAGAAGAAAUCAAUGGAACUCCGCUGAGAGGAAGUGAUGUUUCCAUUCACCCAACCUGAAAACAGGCCACAAGCAAACAGCAGACUCACAUCCUGGCUGCUUGCCACACAUUUCAUAUCCUCAUUUUCCGACAGCCUCAAAGCGCGAAUGGACCUUGUCUGAUCGUGGUGCCCUUUGGAAGGAUGAUUUGGACACGUGUCCUUUCAGAAACAAUGUGCAUUUAAUCUCCAGGUGUUCCGCCCUAAACACAACUAGCAAAGAAACCAGGAAGGGCCGAGAUCGUUCUGGCAGCACGGGACCUCAACAUGGUGCUGCCGUCUCCAGACAGACGGCACGUGUGUCUUACCACCAUCGUCAUCAUGACCAGCAUGGCCUUCAUGGAUGCGUAUCUGGUGGAGCAGAACCAGGGACCGCGGAAGAUCGGCGUGUGCAUCAUCGUGCUGGUCGGGGACAUCUGCUUCCUCAUCGUGCUCCGCUACGUUGCUGUGUGGGUGGGCGCUGAGGUGAAGACAGCGAAGCGUGGCUACGCCAUGAUCCUCUGGUUUCUCUACAUCUUUGUGCUGGAGAUCAAGCUCUACUUCAUCUUCCAGAACUACAAGGCAGAUCGGCACAACCUGGAGACGGUGGCACGCAAGGCGUUGACGCUGUUGCUGUCCAUCUGCGUACCAGGCCUCUACCUCAUCCUGGUGGCCCUGGACAGCAUGGAGUACGUCAGGACGUUCCGCAAGAAGGAGGACAUGCGGGGCCGCCUCUUUUGGGUGGCGCUGGACUUGCUAGACAUCCUAGACAUCCAGGCCAACUUGUGGGAGCCCCAGCGGACUGGGCUGCCCAUCUGGGCAGAGGGCCUGAUGUUCUUCUACUGCUACAUCCUACUGCUGAUCCUGCCAUGUGUGUCACUCAGUGAGAUUAGCAUGCAGGGUGAACAUGUCUCGCCCCAGAAGAUGAUGCUGUACCCCGUCCUCAGCCUGGUUACCAUCAACGUGGUGACCAUUCUCAUCCGUGCCGUCAACAUGGUGCUUUUCCAGGACAGCCGCGUCUCCACCAUCUUCAUUGGGAAGAACAUUGUUGCUAUUGCCACCAAGGCCUGCACCUUCCUGGAGUACCAGCGGCAGGUGAAGGAGCUCCCCCAGAAUGCUAUUGCCAUGGAGCUGCAGCAGAACUCGGUGGGCCACAGAGAGGCCCUCCCCAAUGCCACUACCAGCCUGCCCCAUGAACAUGUGUCUCCAGCACGCGAACUCAUCGACACGUGACAAAGACCACCACCAGCAUCACCCGCAUCCUCGGCGCUUGUCCUGCCUCUGCCCCGGCUGUGUGGGACCCAACCAGCAUCUGAAGGAUUAAGCUGUGGAGCGGUGCCACAACUGUUCCUCCGUCCACUCGAACCCUGCCCAGUAAGGUGGGAUGAAUUGCCACAAGCAUUCGUUCAUCUAGACCAGGAAUAUAGCAGCCCCUUCCAGAAACUGAAGGAACACGUGGCUCUUGCUUUUAAGUGUGUGUAUUUUUCAAUCUGAGUGUCCCGACUGACACUUUGUCAGCCUCGGAAAUGAAAGGCGAGACCCAGUGUGGCGAAUGACUGAGAGCCGAUGUGGCCACUGUGGGGUUUUUCAUGGAUCACUGAUGUCUUUUUAAUGACUGCUUUGUACGUGACAUUCUGUUACUUUGUCGUGAGUCAAUCAAUUGCGUGUCGUGGCUGGCCUGACGGACUCUUUGUUCCAAGAUGGUGGGAAAGCGUGAUGAGUCCGGAGAGCGAGGAAAGACCUGAGGCUGGGGAAGGAGGGAAAGCAGCAGGGGAUGUACACCAGUUUUGGAACUGUCACCUCUGUGACUGUGGUGCUUUACGACCACGUGUUUGAUGAUUAAAGCCGGGGGUUCUGCCGAGCUCAGCGCUUCAGGCUUUUUGUGAUACCACAGCAGGCCUGGCUUCUCCUGUUACAGUUAAGGUGGGAAUGAAUGCGGGUUCAAGGGAAUAAACAGGCAAGAGGGUAGUUGUAAGAGAUCUUUGUUACAGUACAUACAUUCCUCCUGUGAAAGGACAUUGGAAAGGUUUCCUUUCGGUAGAGAUUUUGUUCAAC